AUGCCUGUCUUUGAAGAGACCGCUGAUGCGCGUCGGGACCUGAGGAUUCUACCAUCACGAGCCUUACCUUUACCACGCCUAUCACAUAAGACGCCAACGACUGAAAAUGAGCGUGAAGUCGUUGUUAUCGGUGUAAGUGUUCAAACCUGUUUUCAAUCAGCUAACACUAACAAUUCAAUACAGGCAGGGCCAAGUGGCCUUUUCCUCACUCUCUUGCUUGCCAGAUAUGGAAUCACAGGAUCUUCACUACUUUGCUUAGACUCAAAACCAGGCACUUUGAAAGCAGGACAAGCUGAUGGUCUCCAACCCCGUACACUUGAAGUCUUCCAAAGUCUUGGAAUAGGCUCAGAGAUCAUCGCCGAAGGAUGCCACAUGGAAGAAGUAGCUUUCUGGAACCCUGCAGCUGACGGCAAGAGUGGUAUCGAACGGACCUCUUUUGUGCCUGAUGUCAAUGUUCCGGCACGCUUUCCUUUUGAAGUUACUAUCCAUCAAGGACGUAUCGAGAGAAUUCUUCAAGAAAACCUCAAUCUUUACGCACCUCAGGAUACCAUCCGAAGAUCUCAUCAUUUUGUGGAUUACACAGUUGACGCAGUCAACCAUCCAGAAUACCCCGUCCUUGUGAAUUACGAGCACGAGCUUGAAGACGGUACUCGUGUCCCAGGCUCGGUCCGCACAAAGUAUCUGGUAGGAGGCGACGGUGCACAUUCAAAAGUCAGAAAAGCCAUGGGACUUUCGCUGGAAGGAGAAACAUCCGACCAUAUCUGGGGUGUUUGUGAUUUUGUCGCCGAUACAGAUUUUCCAGACAUUCGCAACCGUUCAGCGGUGCACUCUGAAGCAGGUUCCAUCAUGGUUAUUCCGAGAGAGCAGAUCGCUACUGGAGAGUAUCUUACUCGCCUCUAUGUUCAGGUUCCAGGUGACGUCGAUGCAAAAGCAGACCGUACGACAACACCUGACGACGAAAAGAAGAACUCCAGCAAGAAGAAGCGUGCUGAGGUUACUCUUGAUUACAUUUUCCAGCAGGCAAACGCGGUAUUCGCACCAUACAAGAUCAAGAUCAGGGAGNGGACUGCUCCAGACUGGUACGCUGCUUACCAGAUUGGUCAGAGAAUGACACCAAAGUUCUCUUCAAGAACGCCGGAUGGGGUCGAUAGAAUUUUCAUUGUGGGAGACGGUACGUGA